UUAUGAUUGGAGAGUGAGAGUCCAGAUGAGCCCCCCCUCCUAUUUGAGCACGUUCAGUUGGAUUCCUGCUGCCGCUGCUACUCGCGUCCUUUGCCUUUCUGACCAAUCUCUAAAAUCGCAUCGAUUAGGAGAGCAAAUUUGGAACUCACUAGCUUUUUGGGAAUUACACAGUCGAUCCUGUGCCACAUCCCUUCUUCAACCCAGCAGUCCCUGACUGUCACACACUCCCGGAUUUCUGAUUCCUUGGUGCCCAUAAAAAAAAAUAUAAACUAUGGAUAGAGCGGAUCUUAUUCACAAGGCCAAGCUGGCUGAGCAGGCUGAGCGCUACGAGGACAUGGCUGAAUGUAUGAAGGAGGUUACAGAGAUGGGUGGCGAGCUGUCAAACGAGGAGAGGAACCUGCUGUCCGUCGCCUACAAAAACGUGGUUGGGGCGAGGCGGUCCGCGUGGAGGGUGAUGUCCAGCAUCGGGAUGAAAGCCGAGUGGACCGAGAAGAAGCAGCAGAUGGUCAAAGAGUACCGGGAGAAGGUGGAGAAGGAGCUGGAAGACAUCUGCAACUGCGUUUUGAAACUACUGGAUAAUCAUUUAAUUGGAAAAUUCUCAAAUGCAGAGAGCAACGUCUUUUAUCUAAAGAUGAAAGGGGACUACUAUAGAUACCUCGCUGAAGUUGCCUCUGGAGACGAAAGAGCAAAGACCAUUGAAAACUCACAGCAAGCGUACCAGUCAGCGUUUGACAUCAGCAAGACUGAUAUGGAAUCCACACAUCCCAUUCGCUUGGGCUUGGCACUUAACUUCUCCGUCUUCUACUAUGAGAUCCUCAACUCCCCAGAAAAGGCCUGCGAACUGGCCAAAAAGGCGUUCGAUGAUGCCAUUGCAGAGCUCGACCAGCUACAGGAAGAGUCCUACAAAGACAGCACUCUUAUCAUGCAGCUCCUCAGAGACAACCUGACAUUAUGGACAUCAGACAACGCUGCCGAGGAGGCCGACGGUGGAGAAGGCGGAGAUGCCGGCGAGACCGAGAACUAAAGCACACAAGCCCUCACUGUUGGAGAAGAGAGAGAGGGGGGUGGCGGGGGGUUAUCUCCAAAAAAUGACAAAAGGAAAAAAAAAACUUUUUACACAUCCUUCAUUCCUUAAUACUCCACUCAAACAUUCUACCAGUGAAACCCAUUGCUGAAAACGGCUGGGUAAGGGAAUUGAUUAAAAAAAUAAUGAUAAUAAAAUCUUUCCAUGAUUCAGAUUUGGACAACACCUGGCGAAAAGAAAACCCCUCAUUUCCUUUGGUUUGUGUUUGUCCUGGCCUUCCCAUUUGUGCAGUUUCAGCUGUAGAAAAGCGAUUGACACCUUGACAUGAUAUCGGACCCAUAGUUACGUUUAGAGGCAGAACAUCUGGAUGCCUGAAACACAUCAGCUGCGAACAUUUGGACUGAAUAAAUCUUAAAUAAAAUCUAGUUUUGCCCCGUAUCUUUUUUAUUUUUUAUGAUUUUGGGUUAUUGUUGUAGUGUGUCUGCCUCUACACAGUUGAGUGGUACGGUUACAGCGGCUGAGGUUUGACUUCAAAUAUAAUUUUCAUACUGCAGGGAAAGCCAGUGCACUUUUCACGCCGGCGCCAUAUUCCUAUAACACAGCCAAGUAGUGCCCAUUGGUUAUAUUCUCACUUUCCGCCCUGGUUAUGAUGCCACUCUUUCACUGAAGCAUGCCUGUUCGGGGGGGAGGGGGGGACGGUGGGUCUUGUCCAACUAAAUGCAAGGACCUUUUUAAUGGGAAGAAGACAAUUCUGUUAUGCAUGUCUCUCGAGAUAUUACACUGGAAUGGGAACAAUUGCUGUAACACACACAAGUCCAAGUGUCAAGUUUAGUAAUUUUCAAUGCAGGUUUGUUAACAUCCUUCAACAGGGUGAUUUGUUAAUCUGUCCAGUGAUUGUCACUAGAGAUUUGGACCACUAUUGUUUUGUUUAUUCAUUCAGUUGUUGUCCCCAAAAGCCUUGUGGAACAGUUUGAAUCCCUAUGUAUCAGCGGUGUUAACAUAAAUAAAACAUUUUAUAAACCAAG